AUGUUUCUGUACAUCCUGGUGGUGCUGGCUGUUUGGCUUGUCUACAGAUGGUUCCAGGAGUCCAAACGUGUGGGGCACAACGGGGACAAAUUUGUCUACAUCACCGGCUGCGAUACCGGCUUCGGUCAUCUCCUAGCCAAGCACUUGGAUAAGCUUGGUUUCCACGUGAUCGCUGGCUGUUAUACGGAGAAAGGAGAAGAUGAGCUGAAAAAAUCCUCCUCUUGCAAACUCACCACUCUUCGUUUAGAUGUUUCCGACUCUGCAAGCGUCAGACAGGCAACAGUGCAAAUUGACGCUCUCGUAGGGCAGAAAGGACUGUGGGCCGUCGUGAACAAUGCUGGCAUCUCAGAACCGGCAGCUCCCACAGACUGGCUCACUGUGGAGGACUACAAGCGCAUGAUAGCUGUCAAUCUAGUGGGGGUGAUUGACGUGACCCUCAGCGUCCUCCCUCUCAUAAAGAAGGCCCGAGGCAGAGUGGUGAACAUCGCCAGCGUAUUUGGUCGAAUCAGCCCGUUCGGCGGCCCGUACUGCGUGACCAAACAUGGUGUGGAGGCCUUUAAUGACAGCCUGCGUUUGAACUUGGCACCGUUUGGAGUCAAGGUGUUGUGCAUCGAGCCAGGCUUCUUUAAAACAAAUGUCACCAAUCCAGAACUCUUGGAAAAAAAUGGAAGAAGGGUAUGGGAGAGAUUGCCUCAAAAAGUGAAAGAUGACUACGGACCAGACUAUGUGCAGAAUGCAAUCAAAACAUUUCUUGCCGCAUGUACCUUCCUGUCGGACGGUGACCUGAUGAAAGUGAUUAACUGCAUGGAGCACGCCAUUGCCGCUGUCCACCCUCGCACACGCUACUCGCCCGGAUGGGACGCCAAGUUCCUCUGGUUGCCUUUGUCCUACGUGCCCACCUUCAUUACUGAUGGCCUCAUUUCUAAACUCAGCCCCAGGAUUCAUGCAUCUGUAUACUAA